AUGAACGCAGAUGCAGAUGCAGAGAAAGCAGCGCUACGGACGAAGAAGGCCAAGAAGAAGCACGCCGGAGAGGAGGAAGCGAAGCCCGGGGACAGUGGAAAGCCACGACUCCACCACCGCAAUCACAACAACACGACAAAACCGAAACACGGAUCGGCCAAGAACCACACGUUCGGUCCGCUGCGCGAGAAGGCGCAGGCGCUCUACCAGCUGCGCAAGAACCUGCCGAUCUUCCCCCACGCGGACGAGAUCCGCGGCCACCUGCGCCGGAACGAUGUGAUGCUGUUGAUCGGAGAGACCGGUAGCGGAAAGAGUACGCAGAUCCCGCAGUUUCUGGUCACGGAGCAGUGGUGUCGGCCGGUGAAGGCGAUGGUUGCGGAGACGGCGGAGGGCGGGGCGGUGGAGAAGGUGAAGGAGGUGCAGGUGGGCGGAUGCAUCGCCAUCACCCAGCCGAGAAGGGUCGCUGCGAUCUCGUUGGCGCGACGUGUCGCGGAUGAGAUGGGCACGCCGUUGGGGAACUCCUCCCCGGCGAGUCGGGUCGGGUACUCCGUGCGGUUUGACACGUCGACGUCGCCGAGUACGCAGGUCAAGUUCCUGACGGAGGGGAUGCUGCUCCAGGAGAUGCUGCAUGACCCCUGGUUGACCAAGUAUAGUGCCAUUGUGGUGGAUGAGGUGCACGAGCGCGGUAUCAAUGUGGAUCAGGUGCUGGGGUUCUUGAGGAAUAUGGUAUCGGGCAAGCUGGAGGGCCGCGGAGGAGUGCCCUUGAAGGUCGUGGUUAUGAGUGCUACGGUUGAUAUGGAGACCCUCACGGGCUUUUUCCAGGAAGGGUUGCAGGCCCGACACAAGAAAGAGGACCAAGGCAUCGCCGCGUGCCAUAUCAAGGGUCGUCAAUUUCCAGUGAAGGUCAUCUACUCGCCAGAGCCUGUCCAUGAUUUUAUCGACGCAGCGCUCAAGGUGAUCUUCAACAUUCAUUACAAAGAGCCUCUGCCGGGUGACAUCCUGGUUUUCUUGACAGGACAGGAGACGGUGGAAGCCCUUGAGAAUCUCGUGAAUGAGUAUGCAGUCGGGAUGGACCCCGCCCUUCCUAAAAUCCAGGUCCUGCCACUCUUCGCAGCCCUGCCCCAAGCGGCCCAGCAACGAGUCUUCCUUCCGGCGCCGCCUCGAACCCGCAAGAUCAUUUUGGCCACAAACAUUGCCGAAACCUCCGUCACGGUGUCUGGCGUGCGGCAUGUGGUUGAUUGUGGCAAGGCGAAGGUCAAGCAAUUCCGCUCGCGUCUUGGGUUGGAUUCCCUGUUAGUUAAGCCGAUUUCCAAGUCGGCAGCGAUUCAGCGAAAGGGCCGUGCCGGUCGUGAAGCGCCCGGCUCGUGCUACCGACUCUACACAGAGAAGGACUACCUGGACUUGGAUGAAACCAACACUCCGGAGAUCCUCCGUUGUGAUUUGAGUCAAGCGUUGCUCAACAUGAAGGCUCGCGGCGUCGACGACAUUAUGGGAUUCCCAUUCCUGACGCGACCGCCACGAGAGGCAUUGGAGAAGGCGUUGUUGCAGCUGCUGAGCAUUGAUGCCUUGGAAGAGACCGGCAAGAUUAGCCCGAUCGGGAAGCACAUUGCCAAGCUCCCUCUCACGCCCACACUGGGUCGAGUGCUGCUGGCCGCUUCUGAGUUUGGGACGGAUUGUCUGCUAGAUGUCAUCGAUAUUAUAUCAUGUCUCAGUGUUGAGAAUAUCUUUCUGAAUACGACCUCGGAGGAAAAGAAAGAGGAGGCGGAGGUUGCGCGACGCGAUCUGUAUCGGAGAGAAGGCGAUCAUCUCACCAUGAUGGCUACAGUGCAAGCUUACGCGGCCGAGAAUACGGAUCGGAAAGCGUGGGCUGAGAGACAUCUCGUCUCCCACCGGGCCAUGCAGUCUGUUAUGGAUGUUCGCAAACAACUUACCGCGCAGUGCCGACAAGCCAAGCUUCUCCCCAACGACACGCGGGGCUCUUCUACCAUCAAUGACUCCUCCCCGAUGUUCAUUCUGAAGAGUUUCCUUCGAGGAUUCGCUACGAACACGGCGCGCCUCGUACCGGAUGGCAGCUAUCGUACGGUGGUGGGGAACCAGACAGUGGCGAUCCACCCGUCGAGUGUGUUGUUUGGCAAGAAGGUGGAGGCGAUCCUGUACAACGAGUUUGUUUUUACGAACCGUAGUUACGCGCGUGGGGUGAGCGCCGUGCAGAUGGAUUGGGUCGGAGAAGCGUUGUCUGGGUAG